UACUGAUGACGUCUCUGGUGAUUUGGAAGAUGAAACUUGAACCGUUGCGUUGUUUUUAACAUUAAUGUUAACUAAUGUUUACUAAUGUUUACUAAUGCGAAGUCCGUAUUAUAAGGGCCAAAAUGGCACAAAUUGCUCAUAUAGCAAACUGAAAGCUUCAGGUCUGACUAAAGCAGACUCGUCCAGCUCAGCCAUGCCUCAGAAACAACAAAAGAACGCCCAGCCGUCACACUACAUUGAGCUGGGAGGUUAUCAGUAUUGGCCCGUGCUGGUGCCCCGAGGUAUCAGACUGUACACCUACGAACAGAUCCCAGUGUUUCUGAGGGAGAACCCGUACAUCACAGAUGGAUACAGAGCCUACCUGCCCUCCAGACUGUGCAUCAAAAGCCUCUUCAUUCUAUCCAAUGAGACGGUGAAUAUCUGGAGCCAUCUGUUGGGCUUCUUGCUCUUCUUCUUCGUCGGGGUGUACAACAUGGUGUCAGUGCUGCCAGCCGUCGGCGCCUCCAGAGAAGACUACGUCAUCUACUCCAUCGGACUCUUCUGCUUCCAGCUGUGUAUGCUGUGUUCGGUGGGUUAUCACCUGUUUUGUUGCCACCGCUCAGAGAAGACUAGCCGCCGCUGGAUGGCGCUGGACUACGCGGGGAUUUCCAUCGGCAUCCUGGGCUGCUACGUCCCCGGAGUCUUCUACACCUUCUACUGCAAUAAUUACUGGCGGCAGGUGUACCUGGUGACGGUCCUGGCCAUGAUCCUGGCCGUCUUCUUCGCUCAGAUCCACCCUCACUACCUCAGCAAGCAGUGGAAGCAGCUGCGCUCGCUCAUCUUCUGCUCGGUGGCCGGAUACGGCCUCAUCCCCACUGUCCACUGGAUCUGCAUCACCGGAGGCUUCUCCUCGGAGCUCGUUCAGGCUUUUGUUCCUCGAGUCCUGGGGAUGUAUUUCAUCGCUGCAUUAGCUCUCAUUUUCUACGUUUCAAAAGUCCCUGAACGCUACUUCCCAGGUCAGCUGAACUACCUGGGCUCCAGUCACCAGGUGUGGCACCUGCUGCUGGUGCUGAUGUUUUACUGGUGGCACCAGUCGGCGUGCUUCAUCAUGGCGUACAGACACAGCCAGCCCUGCCCCGAUGUCCCCCAACACGCCUAGGAUGCUGCUCUGCAUGCUGGGAUCCCUGACUGUGUUAAAGUGCUGGUGGAUGGCUGCAGCAUAUUCCAGCAUGUACAGGUGGAAGGCAGGGAGACACCAUGGACAAGCCUUCAGUCCAUCUCAGUGUCACCACAGACGGACAUAUUCUUACCUGCAAGUGUCUUCAGUACACCCGAGUGUCUGUGUAAGCGGGAAUCAGACCUGUGACCUCCAGGGUGUGAGAUGACACACGGCGAGUCUAUGUUGUUAGAACAGGACCUCUUGAGUGAUUGUAGGUAAACUGUCACAGUGGCUUAAAGUCAUCUUUACCGCAGUCACCAACAAAACACACAAACUCUGCAGUUCUAAGUAUAAAAUCUCCAGAAAUUGAAGCAACUGCGCUGCGUUCAAAUUACCAUACCUUCCUCUUCAUCACAGAUGUAGCCACAAAGAAGACUCAGUCAAGGCUCGCAGGUUUAAUCAAGUAGCAUUUUUACGUUUCUUUAAGUGCCUGUAAAUGAAACAUCAUGUAGCACUUGUUAAAUUAAUUUCAUUUGUGUGAACUUGUGCAUUUCUCCUAGAAUGCAAAAGAUUUCAACUGAUUCACUUAUUUUUAAGGUUUAUAAGGCAGUGCCCCCCACCCUCCCCCCAAAAGGUAUAUUUUGAAUAUAUUUCCAGUUUAUGAUGAUGCUUUUACAGACAGCUUGUUCCUUGAAAAAAAUUAGGUUAACUGCCUUUAGACUUCCUUCAGCAAGUAAUUAAGUAAAAUGACCUUAAAAGGGAAAAUGAAAUGUUUUAGGUGUCGAUGUCACCAAUGUGCACAGUUAUAUGCUGUAAGUAUGUGUGCACAAGUUAACAAAUCUGUUGUUCAGUGUUGAGAGCUGCCGAGAACGAUCAUUUCUUCUUUUGUUUAAAAUCUAUUAAAAGUUGUUUGUGGUAAAACUGUGAGGUACUUGAAAACAAGCAAAAACUAACCAGUAUCUUUCAACACAAUUCAUGUUUAGAUAGAAAAACCAAAGAGUCAGAGCCAGGGCUCUGGAGCAAGGCUCAGUGUUCUCUUCAUCAGUUUAUAUUGCAGUUUUCAUUUUGUCCUUUAGUGUGUGCAGUAUUGGUGUUUCUGUUUCUUACUGCUGAGUGAGACAAACAGAUUGUGUUAGUGUAGAAGGGCAAAAUGUACUUAGGACUCGUGAACUGCACGUUAGUACCUGAUGAUCCAGGGUUGAAUGUCGUCUUGUGUUGGGCUGCACGCUCUCCGUGUUCAGACACUGAGUUCAGAGUACUUUAUUAAGAACUGUGCAGAAUGAACUAACAGAUCAAAUUCUCCCGCACACCUUUAUUGAAUUAUAUUCCAGCACUAACCAGUGGAAGUUGAGGCUUGUUAAAACGAUGAGUCGUGAUUUUCUGGGUGUUACGGAGCAGCUUGGCCUCCAGGGGCUGCUAGCGAGACUUUUAGGCCUUUAAACUGUGUCCCACUUCUAAACUUUAAACUUUUUUUAAUUUGCAUACAUUUACUAUAUCCUGUUUUUUACGUAUUUUUUUUUUACAGCAGUAAGAAGCUUUUCCAUUUCAACAGUGCCCAUCAUCGCUGUGCUCAAAAAUCAAUCGAUCUUUUUCUACAAGUGUGCAAUUUUACGUGUACGUUACUGUAAAUACUGUCAAUUUAAAAUAAGUUUAAAGUCAGGACACCUUGUUUUUAUAACGAUCAAAACACUGAUUUAACAUUUUGCAAAUCUGCAUGCAUUGCAAUUAAUGUUGCAACUGCAACGUUUCUGUGUACUGUGCAGCCCUGUUAUUAUCUACUGUACAUGAUUUACACUUCACUACUUAGCUUUUUUUCUUCAAAUUAAACUAGUUCCAACUACAUUAGACUUGUUUUUGGAAACUACUGUUUCUGCAUGAACUACCAAGAGAUUCUUCCACUGUUGGUAAACUGAAACUGUUUUAAUGUAUUUAUUUUAGACAUAAUAACUCAGUACUUUUUCUCCUGCUCUGUUAGGGUGAUGUGCAAUGUUAAAGGUCGACUGUUGUAGUUUAACUUGUCUUCAUUCCAAAAUGCAACACAUCCAUGUUGGACAGAAAUCUUAAGUCAAUCUCAAAUAUAGAUGUUUGUAAGCAAGAGUCUUAAUGCCUCAUAAUGUCUCAUCAGCAUUUCUGUGUGUCAUCAUUGAAUGACAAUAGGUGUCCAGUAAAAUGGUAGCUGUCUCAUUUUGGAAUGAAAGUAAUUUUUUUUUGUGAUAUUUAAUGUUUUUACAUUUCAGACUGGAAGUAUUCUCUGGUGUUAAGAUUCUUUUUGUUCUGUAUUUAAAUUAUUCGUUAUGAACCUGCUCUGUACGGUCUGUGAUAGUUUCUCUACAACAUUUUGUCUUUGAUAAGCUCUAAGAGACAUCAGCUGUGUCUAAGACUCAUUUUGUAGCAGUGGAAAUUUUGUAUCUUGACUUUUCAUACCUGAG